AUGCGGCAUGGGCCGCAAGCUUCUGGCGGAGCUUCCCAAGGAAUGGCUCCGUCAGCUCGGCGCGCCUCAAUCUCUUCUAGCUCCCGCUCUGUCGAUCAUUGUUUGGAUGACAUUUUGAAGAAAAUGGAAGAGGACUGGAACGUGGUGCAACUAUUGGCGCAUCACCGACGCAAGUUCAAGAUACCUUCACAGGACAUGCAGACCUUCACGCGACAGUUCUGCCAGCUCUGUUUGACAACACUGACGUCCAGAGGACAAGAUGUGCUGUCCGCCAGCUUGCGACGGGUUCAGCUCGAACUGAAGGCUGCUCGACAGGAUUUUGAGCUGAAGUUGGCCCGAUGUAAUCUCGGCGCCAUGAAGCAGUUGGAUCGGGUGAAGGGAGGCACAGGAACGCCUUUGCAAGACGAUCAUGUCACCUUCUUCGAGCCUAUGAGGCACCUCAGCGAAGACCAGAGGCUGCUGGUUUUGAUGAUCGUCAAGGACAAGCUUCUUCAGAUCCUCGACGGUUCAGCAUCCACAUCCUUCGUGGAAGAGCUGAAGCAGUCGAUGGGGCUGGAUCCCUCGAAGCUUAUGGACAAGGCGUCUCCCAAGGCCAGCGAUGAAGACGAGGAUGAUGUAGAUCUCGAAACGGCCCUGCGACGUUCCAAGGCAGAAGCACGCGCGGCCCUUCGCCAGGCGGAGGAGGAUCGGAACCAUGCCCGCAGCCUUCAGCAGGAGCUGGACAGGUGCCGGAGGGAGGUCUUUAGCCUCAAAGGGCAGCUGGCGGAGCGUCAAAAGCAGCUCGAGCACCUCGAGGCCGGCAUGGAUAAGCUGAAGGACUUGGGCCUGGAGCCGGAGGAAGCGAACUUCGUGUUGUCCGAGUUGGGGUUGGAACGUGAAGUCAGCGGAGCCUCGGGCUGCCAGGGUUUCGAAGUGCGCUAUGAUGGAGUUCCGGACGAUUGUACCUCUGACUGUAUUCUGAAAUGGCAUAGCGAAUCUGGCCUUGAAGCAGAUUCGCUUGUGGCCGUGCAGAUCGAGGAGGGUUCUUCGAGUCCUAGCGAAGGUAGGCGACAACCGAGUAUUCUGUGUACUUACGAGAGGCAUGCAGAUGCGGAGAAAGCAGUGGUGGCAUUGCAAGAUUCGGUGCUGGUCUCCGCCAGCGGCAAGAAGUCCGUAGUCACCGCGUCGAUGUCUCCGCCUGCGGACACUUCGGGCUCCCCCCCAAGCCGGGGCGUGGCCGAAUCGAAGCACCCAAAGCCACUGACGUCACCUACUGGGAGUGCCAAGCUGGAGAUGGUAGAGGCACCCACGCCGACAGCUGCUUCACCCAAGAGCUUGGGGAGCCUCCGUGAUUUCAAAGAGUUUUUCUCCCAAGGCAUCUGCAUCUGCGCUGCCGGCAUCGGCGAAGAGGUCAGCAAGAUUGCCAACAACGUUGGCUUGGAGCGUCUUUUGGCAUGCCCCUCGCGUUUCGAAAUUCUCUACCAAGAUGCAUUCAAGCGCAUAGAGCGCCUGGAAGAGCUGAGAAAAAGAAGUCUGGAGGAACGCCGACGUCUUUUGGAGAGUGCCCCCGAACCCUGCGAAGCAUCGGUGCUCAGCGUGGUAGAAAGGAGCCCUCUGGUGAUAUUGCAGCAGUUGCUGUCGGAAGGUCCGGUGGGAUAUUCUCUGAUCUCGCCGGGCGGAGGCCCGAAGCGAAGGAAGAAGGCAAAGGCUGCGUCAAGCUUCCAGACUGCGCCUGCUGCUAGCAUCAGCCCAUCUCGGCCGCCUGAUGUUCUGUUGCCACUUAUUCUCCCAAAGAACUUGACAUCUGCAUCUGCUCCCAGCUUACAUUCGAGAGCUAUGGAGGGCCGGAGGCUCCUGGCGUAG